CCUCUUUGGGACUUCAGAACUGGUCUGUCCUCCCCCCGGGUGGAAUCGGUCAGGCCUCAAGAGAAGUCUGGGACUGCCACGCCGGUGCUGCCAGGGCCACCGUGUGCCAGGAAUUGAUGCAGAUCCCUUCAACCCGCCCCCUCCCUGCUGCCCGUAGUGACCGAGCCGAGUGUGUGCCCUGCCCCCCUUUGGGCGACAUGCUCCUGUGGACAGCUCUGCUCUUCUUGGGUCCAGUCCUUGGGACACCUGGUCUCCCGAAGGCUGUGGUGGACCUGGAGCCCCCGUGGAUCCUCGUGCUCCGGGAGGACGAUGUGACUCUGAAGUGCCAGGGGGCCCACACAGCCGGGGACCACUCCAUCCGGUGGUUCCAUAAUGGGAGCUCCAUCCCCACGCAGGUCCGGCCCAACUACAGCUUUAAGGCCACCGAGAAGGAUAGAGGGGAGUACGCGUGCCAGACGGACCAGACCAGCCUCAGUGACCCCGUGUAUCUGGAUGUGUUUUCCGACUGGCUGGUGCUCCAGACCCCUAGCCUGGUGUUCCAGAAGGGGGAGCCCAUCGUGCUGAGGUGCCACAGCUGGAGGAACAAGCCUCUGUACAAGAUCACGUUCUUCCAGAAUGGAAAAUCCAAGCAGUUUUCCCCCAUGAAUUCCACCUUCUCCAUCCCACGGGCAAACCUCAGUCACAGCGGCGAGUACCAUUGCACGGGACUGAUAGGGAGGAGUCUGCAGACGUCACAGCCUGUGGCCAUCACCGUCCAAGGGUCCAGUUGGAGCGACUCCUCAGUGACGGUGAUGAUUGCGGUCGCGGUCGCUGGCAUUGCUGCCGUGGCCAUCCUUGCUGCCGUUGUGGCCUGGUUCCGCCACAGGCAAAAGCAGACUUCAGGAUACCCUGAGCACAGGGAAAUGGGAGAGACCCUCCCUGAGGAACCAGGUGAGUGCAGCUCCCCGCCUGGGGGCCUGAGGUGCCCUGCCUGGGGCUGCCAGGUGGAUUGGAGUCAGCAGGAAGCGGCUUGUCCAAUCUCACGGAUGCUGAAGAUGCCGCCAAAGUUGAGGCUGAGAAUGCCAUCACCUAUUCACUUCUGUUGCACCCGGAAGCCAUAGAGGAAGAAACAGAGGAGCCGGAUUACCAGAACCACAUUUAAUCUCCGUUGUCUUGCCUGAGACCGGGGGAGGAGAAUCAGAGGGGCCAGAAUCGGAGCAUCAGAAUUCUUGCCUGGCCUGAACUCCCCUUGGGGAGGACAAGAGGCUGCUGCGGUUCCAAAGAAGGAGAAGGACUCUUCCAGAGCGACCUGUGUGAAUCCUGAAGCUCCCUGUCCUCAAAGACAAUACGGCCCCAGAUAACUGACUGUAGUGAGUCCUUCUGCGUCUCUGUCCUUCUCACCAUCGAGACUCUUCUGCAUACACCCACACGGCAGAUAAAAAAUUACAUUUAUUAAGAGAUUGUAGCAACAUGGGAAAUAUUUAUGUCACAGGCACAUGAGAAACAUUACGGAAGUAUGUACAAUUUCAGAAAUGAUGAAACAGACUAACAUUGGCCAACACAUUAAAAGUGGUUGUUUCAGGGUCAUGGCGUUAAUUAUAGGUGCUUUCCAUUUUCCUUCCUUAUUUUUCUACACGGACCGUGUGUUCCUUUUAUAAUAAAAUACUAUAAAAACAA